UUAUGCAGACACAAGAAAAGGAAAUGAAAUUAAAAGGAGAUCUCCAUUAGUGAGCGAUAAAGACUCCUCACAUUCUCUUUGUAAAUCUCUAAAUCUCAUCAGUCUCUUUUUUCAACUUGAAAAUCCUACAAGUCUGGAGAGUGAAUCAAUUCUGAAAGUAUUUUGUUAGGCAAAUGAGAAAGAUUCUUCCUCUACUCCUUAAGGUCUUGGUUAUUCAGUUCCUCUGUAGUGUCUAUGCUUGUACAGCAUCCCAUCCACCUGCGUCACAGCCUUCACUUUCUCCCGUCUACACUUCCAUGGCUUCCUUCUCUCCAGGAAUCCAAAUGGGUAGUAGAGGCCAAGAACACAAUAAACUUUUAAUAGCUCUUAUAAUCAGCUCCUCGUCUCUAGGACUAAUAGUUUUUUGUUGUUUAUGCUUUUGGGCUGUUUAUCGGUCUAAGCAAUUUCCCAAACCGACCAAGAACUCAGAGAGUGGGAUUUCAUUACCCAAGAAGGGUUUUAUGCAGUCCUUCGAUUACAAGACACUAGAGAAAGCAACAGGCGGCUUCAAAGACAGUAAUCUUAUAGGACGAGGCGGGUUUGGAUUUGUUUACAAAGCCUGCUUAGACAAUCACACCCUAGCCGCGGUUAAGAAGAUCGAAAACGUUAGCCAAGAAGCAAAACGGGAGUUUCAGAACGAAGUUGAUCUAUUGAGCAAGAUUCACCAUCCCAACAUCAUCUCACUUCUGGGACAUACAAGUGAAAUCAGCCCGAGCUUCAUCGUUUACGAGCUGAUGGAAAAGGGAUCUUUGGAGGCACAGUUACACGGACCUUCUCGUGGAUCGGCUUUAACAUGGCACAUGCGGAUGAAGAUUGCUCUUGAUACAGCAAGAGGUGUAGAGUAUCUACAUGAGCGUUGUCGCCCUCCGGUUAUCCACAGAGAUAUAAAAUCUUCAAAUAUUCUCCUUGAUUCUUCCUUCAACGCCAAGAUAUCUGAUUUUGGACUUGCGGUAACGAACGGGAUGCACGGCAAGAACAACAUUAAACUAUCUGGGACACUUGGUUAUGUUGCUCCAGAAUAUCUCCUAGAUGGUAAAUUAACGGAUAAAAGUGAUGUUUACUCAUUCGGAGUGGUUCUACUUGAACUGUUGCUGGGAAGGCGACCGGUUGAGAAGUUGAGUUCGGUUCAGUGCCAAUCUCUGGUCACUUGGGCAAUGCCACAACUUACGGAUAGAUCAAAGCUUCCUAAAAUAGUGGAUCCAGUUAUCAAAGAUACAAUGGAUCAUAAGCAUCUAUACCAGGUAGCAGCCGUGGCAGUGCUUUGUGUACAGCCAGAACCAAGUUAUAGACCGUUGAUAACCGAUGUUCUUCACUCACUUGUUCCACUGGUUCCGGUAGAGCUAGGAGGAACACUCCGGUUAACAUCAUCAUCGUCCUAAAGCAAAUAAUUGUUGCUUAUAUAUAGGGAUUGAUCCUAUUGCUUCAGAACUUUUGGGGUGCAAAUGUGAGAACAAAGGUUUCCCAGGGGUAUUCACUUCUAAUGAUUGUAUUUGUAAAUUGCCUAUAUUAUACAUUUUUCACCAAGUAAAUAUUCAAUAUUUAUGGGCUAUUUAAACAAAUUAGCUCUUUUA